AUGUAUUUACAUACAAUACACCAUAGAAGACAUCCAUUUCCUGGACAUGGUGCUAAGAACUCGCAGGCAAUUGCAGCAGAUGAUGGUGACGACGACGAAAAUAAGGCAGAGGCGUUCAAUUUCCGCGACCUUGCAACAGCUACAAAAAAUUUCAAACCAGAAUGUCUAAUUGGAGAAGGUGAUAUUGGAAGAGUAUAUAAAGGAAUCCUUCAAUCUGGCCAGGUCAUGGCUGUUAGGCAGCUAGACAGAACUGGAACACAAGGGAGCAAAGAUUUCCAAACUGAAAUAGUGAAAUUAAGUCAGCUUCACCACCCAAAUCUGGUGAAAAUAAUUGGAUAUUGUGCUGAUGGAGAUCAAAGGCUUCUAGUUUAUGAUUACUUUCCAUCUGGUUCUUUGGAAAAGCAUCUAUUUGAUAUUGCAGGGGAUCGAAAGCCGUUAGACUGGCCCGCGAGAGUUAAGAUAGCGUACGGGAUAGCUCUAGGGCUCGAGUUUCUGCACGACAAGGCCAACCCGCCCAUCAUAUACCGCGAUCUGAAGGCGUCGAACAUCAUGCUGGACGAGACGAACACCGCGAAGCUGUCGGAAUACGGGCUGGCUAAGCUCCUGCAGGGAGGCACCAAUCCGAAUGUGUCGCCCAGAAUGGUCUCGUCAUAUGGUUAUUGUGCACCCGAGUUCGAGAUGCACGGGGAGGUCACAGUGAAGGCUGAUGUCUAUAGCUUUGGCGUCGUCCUGCUGGAGCUGAUCACGGGCCGGAGAGCCUUCGACAGCCAGAGGCCCACGGAGGAGCAAGUUCUCGGAAAUUGGGUGAAACCGUUUCUCAGGAACCCGAAGAAGUUUCCUGAGAUUGCGGACCCACUUCUGGAAAGUCAAUACCCUAUAACGAGCUUGAAUCAGGCGAUCGGGGUGGCAUCAAUGUGCCUUCAGGAGGAGCCGGCCGUUCGCCCUUUGAUCUCUGACGCCGUGGCUGCAUUGAGUUUUUUGGCGAUGGAUCCGCCCUAGGCGGCUUUGUAACAAUAUGUAGAGGCCAAAAUUAAUUGACAUAGUAAACAAGAAGAGAUGUAAAUUCAGCCAAUGUUCUUUUUUGUCUAAUCUAUGAUUUUUGUCCCAUGAUUUGGGACAUUGUUUUGUGAUCAUUGAUGCAUUCUUCUAAGAAGUAUA